AAUUAUAGUGCCCAUGUGGCUUGCCUGCCAACUUUUGAUUGACACUGUAAUACCUCUCUCUUCUGCUCAUUAGGACUUUCUCGCAACAUCAUCGACGCUUGCGAUGCCUCUUAAGAAAGAUAUCAGCAAUGUGACGCCGUUUUAUCAGAAUGGACAUAGUGGUCCUAGUGAACAGGAUACCGUUAUCAAUGGCCAUGGCAAUGAGAGUGACGCACUUGAUAUGGUGAUUGUGGGAGCCGGAUUUGCCGGCGUAUACCUGCUGCAUCAAUUGAGGAAACGGGGGUUCAAGGCCAAGAUUGUUGAGGCUGGUUCAGACUUGGGUGGUAUUUGGUACUGGAAUCGAUAUCCUGGUGCCAGAGUGGAUAGUCAAUAUCCAGUCUAUGCUCUCUCGAUACCUGAAGUCUAUCGUGAUUGGACAUGGUCAUCGCACUAUCCCGACCAUGCAGAACUGCGCGAGUACUUCGAACAUAUCGACCGUGUUCUUCACGUCAAAAAAGACUGCGUUUUCAACACGAAAGUCGUUGCAGCAGAAUGGGACGACACAACGUGCCUGUGGACGAUCAAGACCGAGACAGGCCAGAUUUUCACAACCAAGUUCUGGACAGCCUGCACGGGGUUUGCAGCGAAACGAUAUUUCCCGGAUUGGGAAGGCUUGGACAACUACAAGGGCGUGAUACACCAUUCCAGCUUCUGGCCUAAGGAAGGCGUCGAUGUCAGAGGACAAAGGGUUGCAGUCAUCGGCACAGGUGCCACUGGUGUUCAAAUUACCCAGGAGUGGUGCAAAGAGAUUGGCGAGGAUGGACAUCUUGAAAUGUGGCAACGCACUCCGAACUUUGCAUGCGCCAUGAACCAGGUCUACAUGACCAAAGACGAGCAGGAGAAAAUUCGAGAUACUCUUGCCGAGAGAUUUGCGGAUCGGAACAACUAUUACAAUGGCUUCCUUUACCAAUGGCGGGACAACUUGACGUAUGACCACGAUGCCAAAGAAAGAGAAGAGUUUUACUGGACGCUCUGGAAGAUGGGAGGUUUCCGCUUUCUGAUGAACAACUACUACGAUAUGACUCGCGAGAACACUGCAAAUCAAGAAGCUUACAGUUUCUGGCGAGACCGUGUGAGGGACCGCGUCAAGGACCCAAGAAAAGCGGAACUUCUCGCGCCUACGGAACGUCCUCAUCUCUUUGGUGGCAAACGUCUGUCCCUCGAGCAGGACUUCUAUGAUCACUUUAACAAGCCCAAUGUCGACGUGGUUGAUGUUCGGAACAAUCCCAUCAAAAGAUUCGUUGAGGACGGAAUCAUCCAAGAGGAUGGCACUUACCACAAGCUUGAUAUUAUCGCGCUGGCGACUGGCUUCGACUCCAUCACGGGCGGUCUGAAGGACAUGAAGAUCACCGGCGUGGGUGGCGAGAUACUGUCCGACAAAUGGGCCCAAGGAACUUGGACGUACAUGGGCAUAACAACGGCCAAAUUUCCCAAUUUCUUCUUUACAUAUGGUCCUCAAGCACCCACUGCAUUCUCAAACGGUCCGUCGUGUAUCGAGAUACAGGGCGACUGGAUUGCUGAUGUUUUGAGCGACCUGCGAGAGAAAGGCAAGAAGAAGAUCGAUGCGGACAGAAAAGCAGAGGAAGACUGGAGGGCACUCGUCUUCGAACUUAUCAGUGAUACACCUCGAGGAAAGGUGGAUUCAUGGUAUAACGGAGCGAAUAUUCCGGGAAAGCCUCGUGAGCAUUUGAACUAUGCUGGUGGCAUCCCGAGGUAUAAGAAGACCCUUGAACAGGUCAGGAGGGAUGGCUUUGAAGGAUUUACCUUGUCAUGAUCAUCGGUGGUCCUGUGCGAGUGUUCCGUUGUGCGCAAGAACAGCUUGAAACGUCUGCACAUGCUUCUGUCUGGUGAUGCCGCCCUCAUCGACGGCUGAAGGUGUGGAGGGAAACAAUAUCGUAUC